GCUCUUGGCCGGCCGCCCCACACGCCGUCAGCGUUAUAGCAACGGUAGCUAGCUGCGGGGAGAGAGUGGCGAUAAGCAAUGUCUGGUCCAACUGAUGAGACUGCAGGAGACCUGCCUGUGAAAGAUAUAGGUUUAAAUCUCUUUGGAAUGGGAGGGUUACAAGAAACUUCAGCAACACGGACAAUGAAGUCUCGCCAGGCAGUGUCACGUAUCAGUCGUGAGGAACUGGAAGACAGAUUUUUGCGUUUGCAUGAUGAGAACAUUUUACUCAAACAGCAUGCCCGCAAGCAAGAGGAUAAAAUUAAAAGAAUGGCCACCAAGUUAAUACGGCUAGUUAAUGACAAGAAAAGAUAUGAACGGGUUGGUGGCGGCCCCAAGCGGCUGGGAAGAGAUGUGGAAAUGGAAGAAAUGAUUGAGCGGCUGCAAGAGAAAGUUCAUGAGCUUGAAAGACAAAAUGAAGUCCUCAAAAACAGACUAAUUUCAACUAAACAGCAACUUCAGAUCCAGGGUCACAGGCAAACUCCGUACAGCUAUGUGCAAUCUCGUGUUAACACUGGGCGUAGAAAAGUGAAUGAAAAUGCAGGCUUACAGGAAUGCCCUAGGAAAGGUAUUAAAUUCCAAAAUACAGAUGUAGCAGAAACUCUGCAACCCAUGCCUACAAAAUAUGGCAGCAGUUUACUUGAAGAAGCCAGAGGAGAAAUAAGAAAUUUAGAAAAUGUUAUCCAGUCACAAAGAGGCCAGAUAGAAGAGUUAGAGCAUUUGGCCGAGAUCCUGAAAACUCAGUUGAGGAGAAAAGAAAAUGAAAUUGAGUUAUCUCUUCUUCAGCUUCGAGAACAGCAAGCUACAGAUCAAAGGUCUAACAUUCGGGACAACGUAGAAAUGAUUAAGCUUCAUAAGCAACUAGUGGAGAAAAGCAAUGCCCUUUCAGUAAUGGAAGGAAAAUUUAUUCAGCUUCAAGAGAAGCAAAAAUCUCUCCGGAUCAGCCAUGAUGCCUUGAUGGCAAAUGGAGAUGAGCUAAACAUGCAGCUUAAAGAGCAGCGUUUAAAAUGCUGUAGUCUUGAGAAACAGUUACGUUCCGUGACAUUUUCUGAAAGAAGGAUAGAAGAGCUGCAGGAUAGAAUUAAUGAUUUAGAAAAGGAACGGGAACUUUUAAAGGAAAAUUAUGAUAAACUUUAUAACAGUGCCUUCAGUGCUGCCCAUGAGGAGCAAUGGAAGUUAAAGGAACAGCAGCUGAAAGUACAGAUUGCUCAACUUGAGACUGCCUUAAAAUCCGAUUUAACAGACAAAACUGAAAUCCUUGACAGAUUAAAAACUGAAAGAGACCAAAAUGAGAAAAUCGUUCAAGAAAAUAGAGAACUACAGUUACAGUACCUGGAACAAAAGCAGCAACUUGAUGAAGUUAAAAACCGCAUGAAGUUUUACAACCAGGAGAAUGAUAUUAAUGCUGAUGAAUUGAGUGAAGCUCUCCUGCUUAUAAAGGCUCAAAAAUCACAAAAAAAUGGAGAUCUUUCUUUUUUAGAGAAAGUAGAUGGUAAAAUUAAUAAAGAUCUAGAACGCUCCAUGAAACAGCUGCAAGCAACUCAUGCAGAAACAGUGCAAGAACUUGAAAAGACAAGAAACAUGCUAAUUAUGCAACAUAAAAUUAAUAAAGAUUAUCAGAUGGAAGUUGAGGCAGUGACCCAGAAGAUGGAAAAUUUGCAGCAAGAUUAUGAACUCAAAGUGGAACAGUAUGUUCAUCUUCUUGAUAUCAGGGCUGCACGCAUCCAGAAACUAGAAGCCCAAUUAAAGGAUAUUGCGUAUGGUACCAAGCAGUACAAAUUUAAACCAGAAAUCAUGCCAGAUGACUCUGUUGAUGAGUUUGAUGAAACCAUUCGCUUAGAACGAGGCGAAAACCUAUUUGAAAUCCAUAUCAACAAAGUAACCUUUUCUUCUGAAGUUUUACAGGCAUCUGGAGAUAAAGAGCCUGUCACCUUCUGUACCUAUGCUUUCUAUGAUUUUGAACUACAGACGACUCCCAUAGUGCAGGGCCUUCACCCAGAAUAUAACUUUACUUCUCAAUAUCUCGUUCAUGUUAAUGACUUAUUUUUACAAUACAUUCAGAAAAAUACUAUCACUCUUGAGGUCCACCAAGCUUACAGCACAGAUUAUGAAACAAUCGCAGCAUGUCAACUGAGAUUCCAUGAAAUUCUAGAAAAAAGUGGUCGAAUAUUUUGCACAGCAAGUUUGGUUGGAACUAAAGGAGACAUCCCCAAUUUUGGCACAGUGGAAUACUGGUUCCGAUUAAGAGUUCCCAUGGAUCAAGCAAUUCGACUUUAUCGAGAACGGACAAAGGCUUUGGGGUAUAUAACGUCAAAUUUUAAGGGGCCAGAGCAAAUGCAAUGGUUAAGUCAGCAAGCACCAAAAACUGCUCAGCUCAGUUCUACUGAUUCCACAGAUGGCAACUUAAAUGAACUACAUAUUACAAUAAGAUGUUGCAGCCACCUGCAGUCCCGAGCAAGCCACCUUCAGCCACACCCAUAUGUUGUGUACAAGUUUUUUGACUUUGCAGACCAUGACACAGCCAUCAUUCCCAGUAGCAAUGAUCCACAGUUUGAUGAUCAUAUGUGUUUCCCAGUGCCAAUGAAUAUGGAUUUGGAUCGAUACCUUAAGUCAGAGUCUCUGAGUUUUUAUGUGUUUGAUGAUAGUGAUACCCAGGAGAAUAUUUACAUAGGAAAAGUCAAUGUGCCUCUGAUUUCAUUGGCACAUGACAGGUGUAUUUCAGGAAUAUUUGAGUUAACAGAUCAUAAAAAGCAUCCUGCAGGAACCAUCCAUGUUAUAUUGAAAUGGAAAUUUGCUUACCUUCCACCAAGUGGAUCCAUAACAACUGAAGACUUAGGAAAUUUCAUACACAAGGAAGAGUCAGAAGUUGUUCAGAGACGACCUCCAGCAUCCUCUGUUAGCACACUAAUCGUAGCACCAACACCUAAACCAAGACGUUUAACACCUAAAGAUAAGAAGGUAUCUUUUGUGGAUCUCAUACCACAUCAGCGUUCUGAGACCACUACUCCUCCUGAAGAUAUGAAGGAAAUUUCGCCAGAAGGGGAACAUGCGCCAGAAAUAGAAAUUAAUAUGCCAGCUGUUCCAUGUAUUCCCGAGGUUUCUCAGGAAAGCAGUGUAGAUAAGGUAAAAGAGAAUACAGAGAAAAAGGAACAAGGAAAAGAUGAUGAUGUGUCUUUACUAUCUGAGGGUCAGCUUGCAGAACGAAGUUUGGCUUCUUCUGAAGAUGAAACAGAAAUAACUGAAGAACUGGAACCAGAAGAGGAAGACAGAUCUGCUUCUGACAGUGAUGAGUGUGUUAUUCCAGGUCCUGUCUCCAAGAACAUCAAACAGGCGUCAGAAAAAAUCCGGAUUGAGAUCAUAGCUCUAAGCCUUAAUGACUCUCGAGUAACUGCAGAUGACACUAUCCAGCGGCUAUUCGUUGAGUACCGAUUCUACAGUCUUCCUGCUGAAGAGACACCUGUGUCACUUCCAAAACCCAGGAGUGGGCAGUGGGUCUACUAUAACUAUAGCAAUGGCUCCACAUCUUCAGAUUCAACUAAAAUACGAUGGAAAAUACUUGGGAAAAAAAAUUCCAGAAAAUUCCAAGAAGCAAAACAUAUUUGCCAUGCAUCAGCAACUAUUUACAUAGUAUUUACAUUGUAUUUACAUCUAUUUACAUUGUGUUAAGUUUUAUAAGUAAUCCAGAGAUGAUUUAAAGUAUACAGGAGGAUGUGCACAGGUUAUAUGCAAAUACUACACCAUUUACUAUAAGGGGCUUGAGCAUCCUUGGAUUUUGAUAUCCGCAGGGGUCCUGGAACCAAUCCCCUUGUGAUACUGAGGGGCAGCUGUAAUGCUCAAGUCAAAAGAAAACAAAAACAGUGGGAAAACAACAUUUCUAGAUGUUCCUGCUAUAUCAUAGUAUCAGUAGAAAAAUGCCACCUGUGUCUACAAUAGAAUUUAAUCGAAAAAUAUAUUUCAAGGAGAAUAAAAGUACUUUUUUUUAUCAUAUGAUUCUAACAAUUUAAUGGCCUAAUUAUUUCUGUGUUUUUCUGCUCAAUGUCAUCACAUGGAUGUUUUUACAAUAUACAUGUAUAUCUCUUCCUGGUGUCUAGGUGUUCAGGAUUUUUUUUUUUUUUUAAGCUCUUUAUUGGACUAUAAUUGCUUUACACUGUUGUGCCAGUAGUGUUCAGGAUUUUAAAUGAGUGAUAUAAGUUCUUACAAUACCUUUUCAUUUUUUAGUGCACACAUCCCUUCAUAGCAGCAGGCAGGUUUUCUGUUAGAGCUUUAUGUAUCAGCUAGUUGAUACGAACGUCUGCUAGACCAGUAUAGACACAAUAGGCACCCUGUAAAUUCUUAGAUCAACCAAUUUUAAGACGUUUUUAGGAAUAGUAUGUAUCCGUGUAUAAUUAGAGGGGAGUAAAAAAAACAUAUCAAGCUACCAUGACCCUAAGUUAAAGCUGUUUAUUAAGUUCUUCAAAAACCCGGUAUUAAACAAACCAGAAAGAUGGAGUGUUGCAUUAUCUUUAGCAAAACAGCCCAUCUCAUGCUAAUUGAACACCCAAGAUUUUUUUCUCACCAGUUUUAUAAAUUUCAUUUUAAUCAACAUGUAAAAUCAUGCUACUGUAUCAGUAGGAUUAUAAAUGCUCAUGGUUUGUGUGUUCAUUUGUUUUGCAACUGGCAUUUUUAGAAACAUGUUCAUUGCUUGAGACAGUAAUCAUGAGUACCCAGUGAUCUCUGGCCUAGUCUUCCUUGUAUCUACAAUUCUUACUAGUUAUGAGAACUUGGGCAAGAUGUUUAAAUUUCAUGGUGCCCUGCUUUAUCUAUUGAAUAAGGUGCUGAGAACCCUUCCAUCUCAGGUUCUGUAAUUCUGUAACAACAAGUAGGUUGAGAAGUCACGUGGGAAAUAAGUAGUGUGGUCAAGACAAGACUCUGAUUUCUCCUUCCUAGCAUUGACUUGAUCUAACAGAACAUUUCCAGAAAUGUUUUCUCAAGCUGCCUAGAGAGAAGUAUCAGAAAAGUAAGCCAUAAUUACAAUAUUAUUAGUAAUGAAAAAACUGUUUAGUCAACUAAUUUUAAUGAAGUUACCCCCAAGAAAAGAGACAAACUCUUCUGGUUUUUUGUAUUAUUCGUUGUAAAGGUCAUCAGUAGACUUUUUGGUUGGACUGACAACAAAAUUGUUUUUUAGAAAUUGGUUGUACGUUGAGAAACUUAGCCAGGCAGCAGAACAGAUGUUUCCACUUGCUUAAGGAGCAAUGCAAAUCAUUCUUUGGAUGAAACCUGAAUUUUGUACAUUCUCACAUGGUGACCUAGGUCUGUUUGGGGCUUUUUGUUGGUUGGUUGGUUGGUUGGCUGAUUUGGUUUUUUAAAUUUUUUCCUUUUACUGCAAGAUACCCUACUAUCUAAUUGGUAUUUUAAGAGCUGCUUAUGUUUCUACUGAAUUAGUCAUUUGAUAACAACAAGAACCAACAAUCUAUUAGAACUGAAUUCAUUAGAAGUAUUUACUGUACCUUUUUGUAGCUUCUAUUCCUACCUGUUGAGAUUUGACUAUGUAGAAUUUUCAAGGUUAACUGAAAAGACUUUUAAGGAUAUUUAUCUGGUGGGAAGGGAGAGGAAUGUACUUUGUGCUUAGAAGCAAAUGAAUGCUGUUUUAUAUCUACUGUAUCUGAAAAAAUGAAGUCCUGGAUCAUCAGCAAAUUUGAGAAAUAAUUAAUAUUAACCUUGUAGAAGGUUUAUUUUUCACUUAAGUAGGACAUAUUGAAAGUGUUUAUUUUUAAAUCAUUAUGUUUGCAUCUCCUUCAUUGCAGGAGAAUCUCCUUGAAUCUUUGGUUAAUAAGUAACUAUCUCAUUCAUCUAAUUAUUGUAAUGAUUUGCCAUUCACUUGUUACUUGAUAUAAAAGGUCAAUAUAAUGUAGCCUUAUUUCCUCAAAAUCUUAUUAAAUGUUAAUGUAAGUAAUUUUAUUUCCAAACUGACUUUAAUUGAAACAGAAAAUUUAAAGGACAGUUAGUACAUGCUAUCUCCUGUUUGAACACCAUACCAGUCGAGAGGUUAACUGAACCUUGCCAUGAUUUUUACCCUGCAUUAUGACUUGGAUCUAUGCAAAAGGGAUUUGUAUACUGAGGCCUAAAUUAGAUACAUAAAAUGAGAGGUUUAAACUAGUGAUCCCAGGAUUAUUCAUAGCCUAAUUCAGUCUUUAUUAAGAGGUGUUAAUACCAUUUUCACAUACACAAAAUAUGUACCUUCUUAGGGCUACUAACUAGAAAAAAAAAAAAGAAUCAAAGUUGAAUUAACUUGCUAGACAUUGGUGGCAAGAACAAAACACUUUUAUUUUAUUGGGCUUGACAAUUUUGCUUGGAGAAUGCUGAGAAAGCAAGAAAAUAGUUUGGAAAAAAUAAGAUUAAUGGUAGGUCUAAAGAAUGUUGUCUGGGCUGAAUAAAGCCUUCUAGGGAAUUGACAGUGGGAAGAGAAAAGAUUAAUGAAAUUGUCCAAAGGUUUUAUGAGACUUACACAGAUCUAGGCCUUUAGUGUCUGAGCAUUGAACAGUCUAUCUGUUGGAACAAUUAAAGUUUAAUUCAGAUGAUGAAAAGGAUGCAGAACUUUAGAUUUUGUUACUAAUGGGAGGAAAAACUUGGCAAAGAUAAGGAAUGGGGGAAUGAUAACACUUUAACACAGAAAGUUAUGAGAUUCAAGGUUAUCAGCCCUUUAUAUAAUUAAACCGUCUGCAUUUCUUACUUCUGCCAAAUGACAUUGAUAAAGAAAAUAAGGAUUUCUGCAGCCUGAGGAAGUGAGGGAUGUGUUUUUAAUGGUAGAUAAUUCAAGAUCAACUCAAGUAUUUGGACUACUGGUCCAUAUGCUUUUUGAGACAUAUGCUUUCAGUAAAUUUAUGUCAAAAUCUAGCAAGUCCUAAACAAAUGUGAUUUCUGAUGAGAAUGAAGGGUAAAUAGCUUAACUUUUGGAGACUUCUGAUAUAUUUCAUAAUCACCAGAAUUGCUUUUUAAAGGAUAUAUUUUCAAGUUUUGAAAUUGUAGAUUUUUUUUAACCAUCUAAUUCGGAACACCAAAUGGAUGUCCUUGGGAUCAUGUCCUAAUUAGAGGUAACCAAAGUGUUUCUAUCUCCCACAUGUUUAACACAAAAAAUGUUUACUAGUUCCUGAUCCUUUUCAAAAAUCAGGCAAAGGAGUGUUGGGCCUAAAUAUUGGUUCUCAGUGGUAUCCUGAUCAGCAGCAGCAGCAGCAGCUGGGAUGAUGUUAGAAAUGCAGAUUCUCAGGCCCUACCCCAGACCUGCUGAAUUAGAAAUUGAAGGUGAGCUCAGUAAUCUGCAUUUUAACAUGUCCUCCAGGGAUUCUGAUGGCUAAGAACCAGUAGGCUAGAUUAAGAUCCCCAAUCUAGGCCUCAUUUGUGCAAGCAGGAGAGCUGUAGUUCUAAUUUGGUACACUUUUGGAGAACCAAACUCAUCAGUAAGUAGCUCAAGUUUUUUUGAAAAGGAGUUUUUUUUUUUAAGUAGAGUUGAUUUACAAUGGUGUGUUAGUUUUAGGUGUACAGCACAGUGAUUCAGCCAUAUAUAUUUUUUCAGAUUCUUUUCCCUUACAGGUUAUUACAAAGUAUUGAGUAUAGUCCCCUAUGCUAUACAGUAGGUCUCUGUUGUUUAUUUUAUAUAUAGUAAUAUGUAUCUGUUCAUCCCAAACUCCUAAUUUAUCCCUUCCCCCACCUUUUCCCCUUUGGUAACCAUAAGUUUGUUUUCUGUGUCUUUGGGUCUAUCUCUGUUUUGUAAAUAAGUAAUUUGUAUCUUUU